AAGGGGCUUAUGGCUCCUAUGAAGCCGAACCCUAGAGUUGUUGAAGGUCAAAAACUUUCCGGAAAUGGGAGCCCCAAAAAAGAAGAAGAAAAGAACAGACUAGAGUUGGGCCCUGAAGAAAUCAUGGAAGAUGAGUUUAUGGCUCCCGUGAAGCUGAACCCUAGAGUUGGGGGUCAGGGACUUUCUGGAAAUGAGGCCCUUCAAGAAGAAGAAGACAAGAACAGACUAGAGUUGGGCCCGCAAGAAUUCAUAGAAGAUGAAGGGCUUACGGCUCCUGUGAAGCUGAACCCUAAAGUUGGGGGUCAGGGACUUUCUGGAAAUAUGGCCCCUCAAGAAGAAAAGAACAGACUAGAAUUGGGCCCUGAAGAAAUCAUGGAAGAUGAGGGGUUCAUUGCUCCUGUGGAGAUUGAGGGUCAGGAACUUUCUGGAAAUAUGGCCCCUCAAGAAGAAAAAGAAGAAAAGAACAGACUAGAAUUGGGCCCUGAAGAAAUCAUGGAAGAUGAGGGGUUUAUGGCUCCUGUGGAGCUGAACCCUAAAGUUGGGGGUCAGGAACUUUCUGGAACUGGGACCCCUCCAGAAGAAGAAGAAACGAACAGAUUAGAGUUGAGCCGCGAAGAGACCAUGGAAGAUGUUUCCGAGGCGCUAUAUCCAGAGGAAGAGGAAUACAUUCCUUGUAAGUACGACUUCUCGCAGUUACCUCGGUUUCUCACCGGAUCCUGGUCUGAAUUCAAAGCACCACACGAGAACUUUUUGAAAGGCUGCAAGUGGGCCCCAGAUGGUUCCUGCAUCUUGACCAAUAGUGCGGAUAACACACUUCGGAUCUAUAACCUGCCCUCGGAGCUGUACAACAAGGAAGAAGAGCUGGAAUAUUCAGAAAUGACCCCCGUGCUUCGGAUGGCGGAAGGCGACACCAUCUAUGACUACUGCUGGUAUUCUCUGAUGUCCUCAGCCCAGCCAGACACCUCCUACGUGGCCAGCAGCAGCCGGGAGAAUCCGAUCCACAUCUGGGACGCGUUCACCGGGGAGCUUCGGGCCUCCUUCCGUGCCUACAAUCAUCUGGAUGAGCUGAUGGCGGCACACUCGCUCUGCUUCUCCCCGGACGGGUCCCAGCUCUUCUGUGGCUUCGAUCGGACAGUACGUGUUUUCUCCACAGCCCGGCCUGGCCGAGACUGUCAGGUUCGAGCUACAUUUGCCAAAAAGCAGGGCCAGUGCGGCAUCCUCUCGUGCAUCUCCUUCAGCCCAGUCCAGCCCCUCUACGCCUGUGGCUCCUACGCUCGUUCACUGGGUCUCUAUGCCUGGGAUGACGGCUCCCUUCUUACCUUGCUGGAAGGGCACCAUGGGGGCAUCACUCACCUCUGCUUCCAUCCUGAUGGCAAUCGCUUCUUCUCUGGUGCCCGCAAGGAUUGCGAACUUCUGUGUUGGGAUCUUCGGCAGCUUGGCCACCCACUGUGGUCCCUGAGCCGAGAAGUGACCACCAAUCAGCGUAUCUACUUUGAUCUGGACCCAGCCGGGCAGUUUCUGGUCAGCGGCAGCACUAAUGGGGCUGUGUCUGUGUGGGACACUAGCGAGAUUGGGCCCGAGAGCAAGCCGGAGCUGGCGCUGAGUUUCCUACCCCAGAAGGACUGCACCAACGGAGUGAGCCUGCACCCCAGCCUGCCUCUGUUGGCCACUGCCUCGGGACAGCGUGUGUUCCCAGAGCCCACCGAAAGCGGGGACGAAGGUGAGCAGCAAGCGGACCUGCCCGUGCUCUCCGUGCGCCACUGCCAUCUGGAAUGCCAGCUGCAGCUCUGGUGGUGUGGCGGAGGUCCGGACACCCCCGAGGCGCAGAAGGGAUAGGGAGGGCAAAGGAGGGAGGAUGCGGGCGCUCACAUAAAACAGGUUUUCUCUG